GGACGCGGAGGAGUCGCGUUGGGGAGCGUGUCCGCGGGCGGAGACUCGGGGCCGAGGAAGCCCAGGUAGCCGCGUUCUCGGGGGCGAGUUCGGAAAGUGCCGAGAGCAGGAGAGGGGUCCCCCGCCGCCUCCUUCCUCCCUGGGUGAGACUGAGAGAAUAUGAAACAGCUGUCAAAAUGACAUCCAGAUUUGGAAAGACAUACAGCAGGAAAGGGGGAAAUGGCAACUCAAAGUUUGAUGAAGUCUUUUCUAACAAACGGACCACCCUUAGCACAAAAUGGGGAGAAACAACAUUUAUGGCCAAAUUAGGACAGAAGAGGCCCAACGUCAAACCAGAUAUUUCAGAAAUUCCUAAAAAACCCAAAGUUGAAGAGGAGGUAACAGAAGAUCCAUUUGGAUUUGAUAGUGAUGAAGAAUCUCUGCCAGUGUCUUCAAAGAAUGUGUCGCAGGCUAAAAGCUGCUCUCAGCUGGAACCCAUUGAAGCUGCUCAGUCUGAGGACUUCAUUUCUCUACUUGAAGCUAAUAGCAGAAUUAAUCAGCCAAUCAGCGGAGACAACAUUGUGUCCAGCAAGAGCAUAUCUUUUGACAAUAUUGUUCAUGGUUUAAAAGAAGAGAGCACAAACAGAAACAUAGAGGAUGGGGACAGCAAGAGCAGCAGAGCUAAACUCAUAACAGAUAAAAUACAGAAUUUUAGUGAAGAUAAUAAGAACAGUCACUUCAUCUACAAGAAUGCCGAAGACAGUAAUGAAACCAAUGCUGAAACCACAGACGUUUCUGGGUACAACAUAGAAACCAAGGACUUACUUGACUCUUGGGACUCCCGUAUUGGGAAAAGCUCAGACUCUCUAUCAGAUAUAUCUCAGACUAAGGGGCCAUUAAGAACUCAUUUGUAUGAAUGGGAGGAUGAAGUUGAAGACUCCACAACUGGAGAGUAUAUGUUAGAUUUUGAUAGUGAACAUUUCUCAGAUAUUAAGAACAAGGAUGAAGAGUUUGAUAAAGAAGAUAUGGAAAAUCCAAAGGAAGCCAUUAGUGAAGAACUUGUGCAAACUGUUCUUAGGCCAAGCAACUGUAGGACAUAUUGUAGAUCCAACAAAACAAAACAGGGGGCAACAAAUUUUGAUAAGCUAAUGGAUGGCAGUAGUCAAUCUUUAUCCAAAGCAAAUAAUGAAUCAAAUAAUGAUGGUCUGAACCCAGCAAGAAAAGCUGUUUUGAGUAGUGGGACCAGUUUUAGAGGGACAGUUGGGCGUACUAGAGACUACACUGUUCUCCAUCCAUCUUGCUUGUCAGUUUGUAAUGUUACCAUACAGGAUACAAUGGAACGUAUUGAUGAAUUCACUACAGCAGCUCCUACUGACUUGGGAGAGGCUGGACGUCUAAGAAAGAAAGCAGACAUUGCUACUACCAAGACUACAACCAGGUUUCGACCUAGCAAUACAAAAUCCAAAAAGGACGUUAAACUGGAGUUUUUUGGGUUUGAAGACCAUGAUGAGGGUGGGGGAGAUGAAGGAGGCUCUGGAAGCUCCAAUUAUAAAAUUAAAUACUUUGGGUUUGAUGACUUGAGUGAAAGUGAUGAUGAUGAAGAUGACUGGCAGUUAGCAGAAAGGAAACCUAACAAAAAACGAAAUAGAACAGCACCAUCUUCCUCAUUUCAGUCUAGUUCUGAUGGCAAUGAGAAUUUUUCCCAGGACACCCAAUUGAGCACUAAUGCAGAUCUACUGGAUUUUUCAGAGGAUUCAUCUGGUGUGCCUGAAAGCAAUAAGAAGUCCACAAAUAAACAAGGCGAUAAAUCUAAGGAAAAUACCAGGAAGAUUUUUAGUGGGCCAAAGAGGUCUCCAACAAAAGCUGUGUAUAAUGCUAGGCACUGGAACCAGCCAGAGUCAGAGGCUCUACCGGCACAACCAGGAUUGAAAACUCCAACCAUCCCAGUAAGGCUAUCUUCAAAGGAGGCAGUUCAUAAAGAUGAUGGAGUUUUUAAGGCUCCUGCACCACCUCCCAAAGUGAUAAAAACUGUGACAAUACCUACUCAGCCCUAUCAAGAGAUAGUAACUGCAUUGAAAUGUAGGAAAGAAGACAAAGAAUUAUACACUGUCGUUCAGCAUGUAAAGCACUUCAAUGAUGUAGUGGAAUUUGGUGAAAAUCAAGAGUUCACAGAUGAUAUUGAGUACUUGCUAAGCGGACUGAAGAGCAAUCAGCCUCUAAACACACGUUGCCUUAGUGUUAUUAGCUUGGCGACAAAGUGCGCCAUGCCCAGUUUCCGAAUGCACCUGAGAGCACAUGGAAUGGUAGCCAUGGUCUUCAAAACACUGGAUGACUCCCAACACCACCAGAAUCUGUCACUUUGUACAGCAGCUCUUAUGUACAUCCUGAGUAGAGAUCGUUUGAACAUGGAUCUAGACAGAGCUAGUCUAGAUCUGAUGAUUCGGCUUUUGGAGCUAGAGCAAGACGCUUCUUCUGCCAAGCUGCUAAAUGAAAAAGACAUGAACAAAAUUAAGGAAAAAAUACGGAGGCUCUGUGAAACUGUCCACAACAAACAUCUUGAUCUUGAAAACAUCACGACUGGGCAUUUGGCAAUGGAGACACUACUGUCUCUCACCUCAAAACGAGCAGGGGACUGGUUUAAAGAAGAGCUGCGACUUCUAGGUGGUCUUGAUCAUAUUGUAGAUAAAGUCAAAGAAUGUGUGGAUCACCUAAGCAGUGACGAAAAUGAAGAGAAAUUGGUUGCUUCGUUAUGGGGAGCAGAAAGAUGUUUACGGGUCUUAGAAAGUGUAACCGUGCAUAACCCAGAGAAUCAAAGCUACUUGAUAGCAUAUAAAGACUCUCAGCUCAUAGUCUCAUCAGCUAAAGCAUUGCAGCAUUGUGAGGAAUUGAUUCAGCGAUAUAACCGUGCUGAAGACAGCAUCUGUUUACCAUACAGCAAGCCUUUGCCUCACCAGAAUGUAACUAACCAUGUGGGUAAAGCAGUGGAAGAUUGCAUGAGGGCCAUCAUUGGUGUCUUGCUUAACUUAACAAAUGAUAAUGAGUGGGGCAGCACAAAAACGGGUGAACAAGAUGGUCUGAUAGGCACAGCUAUGAAUUGUGUGCUUCAGGUUCCAAAGUUCCUACCUCAAGAACAGAGAUUUGAUAUUCGGGUGUUGGGCUUGGGUCUGCUGAUCAAUCUGGUAGAGUAUAGUGCUCGGAAUAGACACUGUCUUGUCAAUAUGGAAACAUCAUGUUCUUUUGAUUCAUUCUGUUCAGGAGAAGGGGAUGAUAGCAUAAAGAUAACUGGUCAGAUUGAUGCUGUUCAUGCUUUAGUACAGCUAUUCCUUGAGCGUGAACGAGCAGCACAGCUGGCAGAGAGCCAGACAGAUGAGUUGAUCAAAGAAGCUCCUACUGCACAGCAUGAUAAGAGUGGAGAAUGGCAAGAGACGAGUGGAGAGAUUCAGUGGGUCUCCACAGAAAAGGCAGAUAAUACUGAAGAGAAAGAUAAGAAGGAAGAGGAUGAUGAAGAACUUGACCUUAAUAAAGCCCUUCAACAUGCUGGGAAGCACAUGGAAGACUGCAUCGUGGCCUCGUACACAGCACUGCUUCUGGGCUGUCUCUGCCAGGAGAGUCCAAUCAAUGUGACAACUGUGAGGGAAUACUUACCUGAAGGGGAUUUCUCAAUAAUGACUGAAAUGCUCAAAAAAUUUCUCAGUUUCAUGAAUCUUACUUGUGCUGUUGGAACAACAGGCCAGAAAUCUAUCUCUAGGGUGAUUGAAUACUUGGAACACUGCUAGAUACUUAACUUCCGCUGCAGGCACUCUAAUUUUUGGAGCUACCCUUAGACAAAGGAAGGAAUCAUGAAAGAAGUCCUUGAAGAUACACCAAGACCAUUCAUCUGUGUCAUUCGUGUUCAGAUUUUUAAGGCUACCUGGUCUCUUAACCAUGCAUUCAGCAUUUUCUAAAAGACAGUUACUACAUCAAUCUGCAACUAUCAAAAAUGAGGGGAAAAGGUUCUGAAGAAAAUAAAUAUAGAAUCGAUGCAGUGCAGUAUUUAAAUAUUUUUGGCAGGGUUUACCCUCCCCCCCUUUUUUUUUUCCUGCUUCGUUCAUGACAAGUUUAAAGGGGAAAAACUUGCUGCUGAUAGUGCAACUGCUGUUUACUGUUGAGCCACUGUUUCAUGCCAGCCAGGUGCA